CUCUCUCUCUCUCUCUCUCUCUCUCUCUCUCUUUUUCUCUCCCCCAUUUUUACCGAUGUUCCGUUCGAGAGUUGCGUGUGUUCCUUUAUGAAAGCUCGUUAUUGCCGCGCCGCGCCGCGCCGUACGAUCGCCCCGCGAGCGCGGCACUUAUGCCCGCGUCCGAGCCGCGGCCGUCUCCCGAUAAUGCCCCUCGUCGUCACCGCGCGCGUUACGUGACCCGCGACACGCGCGUCCCGGGUGUCCGGAGUUAGCGCCGGUCGCCCUCGUCACACGAUUAUGCCGACGCGAUCGCGGGCCCGGCGGCCGACGAUGAUGGAUCGCAGACGCGCGGGACUGUGAGGCCGCGCAGUUCGCCGAUCGUCGCCCGUCGCACCGGCAUCGGCGGCAACGACGGCCCGACCGGCCGAGGCGGGGUGGACCGUCGCCCACAUAUCGUCCAGCUUCAUAUCGACCGCGAUCCCGAUCGGUCUCGAUCCCGCGAGGGAACCACUGUGUGGCGUCAACCCUGCUUCCCUACCCCCCCGCUGCCCGCCGAACGCGGAUUGUGGCUGAGAAACCUCUGUGAAGUUCGCCUCCGUUCGGAGCGAGAGUGGUGCCUAAGCGCGAUUUCAUAACCGAGGCGGGAGAGCAAGAGGAAGGGAGGUUUAAUCAGUGCCUAUACGCGCGAUCUCGUGCGUGCGAAUAAUCGCGCGAUUGAUUCGAUCCGUCGGCCGAUCGAUCGAUCCCAUCCUACCGUAGCCUGUACACGUAACAUUUGAAAUUACAAAUUGCGAUGCUGGUUCGCCGCGCGCCGAGGAUCGCGCCGAGGUGUCGUCGAAGCGAGGUGAGAGAGCGCGGGGCGAGCGGCGAGACGGCGGAGGUGGCCGCUCGGUGAGACGCACGAGUUUUUGAGAUAUUGUAAAAAAAAAAGAGAGAGGAAGUAACACACGCUCCGAUCGACACGGCAUGAUCGCCACGCUGGGAGUCGAGUACGUGUGCACCGUGUCCGCGCCGUGAUAUCGGCCUGUGCUCUCCGCGUCCUCCCGCCCUCCUCCGCGAAGGUGUUCUCCAAUUUAUUCGAGACUGAAACGUUCCGCGAGCACACGGCGUCAGCGAUGUCGCGAUUAAUGCUGUGUAACCUUGGCAAUGCCUCGACGGCGGGAAACGAUACGAACAACAACGCAAACACGAACAGCAGUAUGGAGGACGACGAUUCUUAUCCACUGCCCACGAUUUAUCGCUGCCGUGCACCCAUAGCAAGUUUGGAUUGCAUGGAAGAGUUCAACGGCGGCGGAGGCGGCGGCGUUGGCGGCGGCGGCGUAGACUCGGGCGUGCACUGCAGCAACACGACCGGGACGAAAGAGCAGCUACUAACUAGCUGCAUUGCCGCACAAGCGCAACGUUUGCAGCACCCCUCGCCAGGUAUUCGCUACCGCAACUUGGGCAAAAGCGGUCUACGUGUUUCCAAUGUUGGAUUAGGAACGUGGACCACCUUCGGCGUGGGCGGCUGCGUCAGCGAGGAGACCGCGGAGGCCGUGGUGGCCCUCGCCUACGAUAGCGGGAUUAAUGUGUUCGACCUGAGCGAGGCGCAUAGCGGCCACCGCGCCGAGAUCCAGUUCGGCCGCAUCCUGCUGAGGCGCGCCUGGAACCGUUCCAGUUACGUCGUGACGACGAAAAUUUAUUGGAACACCAAGACCGAGGGUCGCGGGCUAUCGCGGAAACACAUUAUCGAGUCCGUGCAAGCUUCGCUCGUCAGGCUGCAACUGUCGUACAUCGACAUUGUCAUGAUCCACAAAGUCGAUCCAAUGUGUCCGAUGGAAGAAAUCGUUCGGGCGAUGAAUUAUGUUAUAAGCAAAGGCUGGGUGAUGUACUGGGGUACGUCGCGAUGGUCACCCGUGGAGAUUAUGGAAGCCUAUACGAAUUGUCGGCAAUUUAAUUGCGUGACGCCGAUCGUCGAGCAGGCGGAGUAUCACCUGUUUUAUAGAGAGAAACCCGAACUCUAUAUGCCAGAGUUGUAUAACAAAAUUGGCGUUGGUUUAAUGGCGUGGUCUACUGUCACCAUAGGGAUGGUUUCUUCGAAGCCGGAAGAUUGCGGAGUAUCGUUCCUCUCGCGAUCGUCUUAUAAAAACAAAUACUCCUCAUUCAGCUGGACGGAGGAUGAAACUCAAUCUUUAUACAAAGAGGAGUACGCGUGGAAAGACAAAUCCGCAGACGAGGAGACUCGGAAGUACUCGGACAAAUUGCGGGACGUAUGCGCUCUUGCCGAAAGACUGGGAUGUUCUUUCGGGCAACUGGCCAUCGCGUGGUCUUUAAAGAAUGAAAGUGUUCAGUGCCUUCUGCUCGGUGCAUCCAAUAUAGAUCAAUUGUACGAGAGUCUCCAAAGCUUACAGCUCAUCCCGAAGUUGAACGCGAACAUAAUGAGCGAGAUCGAGAGGAUCCUUGACAACAAACCGUCCCGACCGCCGAUGAUAUCCACCCUGGCGCUCAGAUGACAAUCGAUGUGCCCCCACGGCAGCGGUGGGGGUUCCCUGGAAGAAGCCGGCAGCCCGAAGAGCGAGGGCGGCAACAGUCAGGAUCAGGAGCAGACCAAGGAGGUGAACAACAAGAUGCCGUUCUGCGAGAUACAGUGAGGCCGCACGACGGACCGUCUCGUUGCCCCCCGACAUUCGGUGCCCGGUACCGAAUCGCAACUUGGAUGGCCGGGGACCGACACGGAUGCGGCUCGUUUUCGCGUCCUCCGCUUUACGUUUUGGUCGCGGCCCGGUGCGGGUCGAGUGCACACACGACCACGAGUCGACACGACAAUAUUUACCAAUUACGAAGGAGCUCAUCUCCGGAGACUCGCCGCCCCCUCGGCCACGGCGAGAACAUCCGCACUCUCGCGGGGUGUACGUACCCCUCCUCGUACUUCACGCACCGAUUUGUAUCUCUCGUACGUCACGCUCGUGGACAUUUCGUAGAUAUGUAGGUGAUAAACGCGACGUGUGGUCCCACCUGUCACCGUUGACAGAAAUCGCGCGUCGCGAAAGUCAUCCCCCGGGGGGAACGGCCGCACUUGUGUCCCCCGGUCACACUGAGCCGUAAAUUUCUCUCUGAAUCUCCCUCCGUCGCGAGACCCUGUCCCGUCGGGGGAGGAGGUUCCCCAUUCGCGAUUCCAAGUGUUCAUUAAUUCUUAGCGUUAAUAAUCCCAUUUGCUACACUCGUAGUGAGUAAUCAGGAAUUCGGCAGUGUCGCGAGUCCCAUCGAAUUACGUUCUUUCUGCCAGUCGUUGGACGAGCAAGAGCGAUUUGCGGACAAUUAAACUCGGACGAUGCAAGCACGCGCGUCGAUUGUCAUCCGAAAAAAAAAAAUUUCGUCGUAGACCGUAAGAAUUUUAUCGAGGAUGACACUUGCGGCACACGCUGCGCUUUAAGUGCUCCACCAAGUAAUCUUCGUCCCUAAAUACGCGCGAUUCACAUCGUUCUCCAUCAAUUACGCGUCCAACGCGUUAUUUCUUUCGCUACCGCUCGACUCUUCGCGCUUUACCCAUCGAUUUAUCUCCGCUUCCUCCGUUUCUCUUUCUCCGUCCUCGUCCUAUUCUAGUUUGUUUGAGGAUCGAGGGACGACUGCGUCGCGUUAAGAGAUACACGCGCCGUACGCAGUACGCGCAAGUUUUUUCGAUAAAAUACAUCGCCACGAAUUUUUCGCUCUUA